AUGCCGAGCAAGAAGAAGAGGAAGAGAGGCGGAGAAAGGCCGGUUAUCCACCCACGAAACAAGUACUCUGAAAACCCACCCGAUUUCGGUCUGUUGGCCUCUUUGUACCCGAGCUUCGAGCCCUACGUUUUCUACUCGCACGGUGGCCGCCCCAGAAUCGACUGGACCGACUUCAAUGCUACGCGCGAGCUGACCCGGGUCUUGCUCCUCCACGAUCAUGGCCUCAAUUGGUGGAUUCCCGAUGGGCAGCUCUGCCCGACAGUCCCAAACAGAUUAAAUUACAUUCAUUGGAUUGAAGAUCUUUUGGCUUCAGAUCUCAUUCCAUGCACUCUGGGCAACAGUGUUGUCAAAGGUUUUGAUAUUGGAACUGGUGCAAAUUGCAUAUAUCCUCUCCUUGGUGCAUCUCUUCUAGGUUGGACGUUUGUGGGCUCAGAUGUUACUGAUGUAGCCAUAGAGUGGGCAAAUAGAAAUGUCGACGGUAACCCACAUGUGUCCGAAUUGAUUGAAAUAAGAAGAGUUGAUACUGAGAUCAAGAUCUUUGAUGCAGAAGAAUUGCAAAACAGGCAGAAAGAUAAUAUUAAUAGUUACGUAGAUUCAAGCAAUAUAAAGAGUGUCGACAUGGGACCCGCACCAUCAUUUUCACUCAGAAGCCAUUCAGCCAAAAAGAGCUAUCAUGGACCACCUGUUCUUGUAGGUGUCAUUAAGGAUUGGGAAAGUUUUGACUUUUGUAUGUGCAACCCCCCAUUUUUCGAGACAAUGGAGGAAGCAGGAUUGAAUCCGAAGACUUCCUGUGGUGGUACUCCAGAGGAGAUGGUAUGUCUUGGAGGUGAAGAGGCCUUUAUUACUCGCAUAAUUGAAGACAGUGCUCAAGUGAAACACACAUUUCGGUGGUACACUUCAAUGGUUGGAAGAAAAUCAAAUCUCAAUAUCCUGACAUCAAAACUUUGGAAUGUUGGAGUCACCGUAGUUAAGACAACAGAAUUUGUCCAAGGCCACACAUCUAGAUGGGGGCUUGCGUGGUCUUUUAUGCCUCCUUCCAGGAAGAUGUUAUUUUCACACGUGACUGAGAAGAAAAAUUUGUCUUUCAUGCUAGAGGGCCUUCAACGUCAGCAUAGCGCAUUUCACGUGUUGCAGUCAGUGGAAUCUUUUCUCUGCAGCAGUGGUGCAUCCUGUAAACUAAAUGCUGCCACAUUCAAUAUUGAUAUCACUGCUUCACAGAAUCAUUGUAACACGAUUCUGAAGGGUGAGACACAAAAUAAGAAUGAAGCUGUUCGAUGCAAAAACGAAUUGGAGAUAUCCAGUACUUUAAAUUAUAACAAUUGUCAGUCAGAUGAUCUGCGGUUCCGCAUUUCGGUCUUUCAGCAAAUUCCAGGAACACUUUUGGUUAGGGCAACAUUACACCAGAAAGAAAGCUCCAGCUCAGGUUUAUUUUCAUUGAUAUUUGAGCAACUAGAAGAAGUUUUGAAAAACAAAUUCUGCACUGACAGGGUAUUAGCUGAUGGUUCCUGCUCCUACCCCAGAAGAUAA